ACCCCGUAAAGUGAAGCGGUCAGACAGCUGCUGAAAGCUACUCCAAUGAAGCUUCCAUGUGUUUUUCUUUACCAUAAAAUACCAAUUAUCAUAUUUAGCAUCUCGUGUUUCGUAUCUAGUGCACUGUUACGGAACUCGUCUCCUGGUUCCUCAACAUCAGAAUCUAGAGUUAGGUAUCGUCACUCAGUUAGAGACACGUGGAGACAAACACUAGAUGGAGGCUCUGUAACUAAAGGCUCUUUAAUUAUCGGUCAUAAUGAGAUUCGUUCAGUAUUUAGACCUAAACUGGAAAACGAAAAAAUCAAAUACGUUAGUUCUUACAUCACAUCGACCACAGAAGCUGAGAUUCAGAACGCGUCAGUGGAAACACCUAGCUACGUGACAAGAGGAAGUAAUGCCACGACCUCUGCCGGAAAUAAGAUCAAAUUCAUCUUGUUUUCAGGUGAGCUUGACGAGAUGUGUGGCCUGGACAAACGUUGUUCUGUUAAAAAUUCCUAUUGUUCAGAAGACAGAUGUCGGUGUCUCAGCGGCUAUACCCAAAAAAACCAACAAUGUAUAAAGGAGUAUACGGAAGAAAAGAAUAAAAGUAUUAAAACCGUAAUGAUUGGAGUGGUGAUUCUACUCUGUGUUAUGCUGAUCUGUUUGUUUACUUACCUCUGUAAAAAGUGA